CGCCGCCAGCUCGCCUCACUUAUGGGUCGGAAGCGCUGCGUGGGGGAGACCGGUCCAAGAUGGCGGCGGGUUGCUGCGGGGUGAAGAAGCAGAAACUGUCCAGUUCGCCCCCCUCUGGCUCGGGUGGCGGUGGUGGCGCCUCCUCCUCCUCCCACUGUAGCGGAGAGAGCCAGUGCCGAGCUGGGGAGCUCGGACUAGGAGGCGCCGGUACGCGACUCAACGGGCUGGGAGGUCACAUCGGAGGAGGUAGCGGCUGUACCCUGCCUGCCCCCCAGGGCUGCAGCGGCGGCGACGGGGGGAUUUCCCUGUCACCACCUCCAAGCUGCGGAGUGGGGACCCUACUUUCUACCCCGGCCGCCGCCACCUCUUCCUCGCCCUCCUUGUCGUCUGCCGCCUCGUCCUCAUCGCCUGGCUCCCGGAAGAUGGUGGUGUCAGCGGAGAUGUGCUGCUUUUGCUUCGAUGUGCUCUACUGUCACCUGUACGGAUACCAGCAGCCCCGGACCCCCCGGUUCACCAACGAGCCCUACCCACUGUUUGUAACAUGGAAGAUUGGUCGAGACAAAAGAUUGCGUGGAUGCAUAGGUACUUUUUCUGCCAUGAAUUUGCAUUCAGGACUCAGGGAGUACACACUUACCAGUGCCCUUAAAGAUAGCCGUUUUCCCCCAAUGACAAGGGAUGAGCUGCCUCGGCUGUUCUGCUCAGUGUCUCUGCUCACUAACUUUGAAGAUGUCUGUGAUUAUUUGGACUGGGAGGUGGGUGUACAUGGCAUUAGAAUAGAAUUCAUCAAUGAAAAAGGAUCAAAACGCACCGCCACCUACCUACCGGAGGUUGCAAAGGAGCAAGGAUGGGACCAUAUUCAGACCAUAGACUCCUUACUGAGGAAAGGAGGAUACAAAGCUCCAAUUACUAAUGAAUUCAGGAAAACCAUAAAACUGACCAGGUACCGUAGUGAGAAGAUGACCAUGAGCUAUGCUGAAUACCUUGCUCAUCGCCAGCAUCAUCAUUUCCAAAAUGGCAUUGGGCAUCCCCUCCCGCCACACAACCAUUAUUCCUGACACUGAGCCGUGCAGCCAGUCACUGGGCGUCUCUGCAGACCUCUUCCCGGGAGACCCUACCCCUUCUUGGUCUAGCUAUCUCUUUUACUGUACCAUUUUAUGAUGAUAGUUUCCGUUGCCAUGGUGAAGCUUCGAUAUCAUCAAUUGAGAUCAUCAUGGUAACGGGCAGAAUAAUGACAUUUGUUCAGAAGAUCCUGUUUUAUUAUUUUAGAUCACUGACUUUUUUUUUUUGCAGCAUAAAUAACUUGUGGGACUUUCUUUCCUUACACUGUUACGUAGAAGCUUGCAAUGCUAUCUCAUUCAGGUUUCUGUUUUUCUGUCCUUCUUACCUUCUUUUCUGUUUUCUUUCCUUCUUUGUCUCUUCCUUCCUUCCUUCUUUCAACUGUGGAUGGAAGAAAUUGUGCAGUUUCUAAGGAUUUUAUUUAGGUUUUUCUUUAGUUUCAGUAAGAUAGAUAAUUUUUGAUAGCUGAGUUUGGGAAUAAUUCAUAUCAAAUUCAGGUAUAUUACUCUUGACUUGUCAAAAAUUCAUUUUGUAUUUGAGAACUGAGUAUGUGGAUCUUGAGUCCUUAAGUCUGUGUUUUUCCCAUGGUUAAAAUAUAUGAACUUUAGUUCUAGUAUAGAACAUUUGAAGGUCCAUGAUAGGGCUUGUCACAGAGACGGAAACCAUCUAUGCCUAUUGUGCUGGUGAUCAUAAGAAAUGCUGCCUCAUCACUGUAUAUAUAGAACCAACUUACAAACUAACACUGUUUUAAGAAAGUACAAGCUACCUUUCAGAUAUGCUACAGAAAUCAUUAUGAAGAGUAGCAAGUAUCAGGAAGAGAGCAGAGACAGAAUUUCGUGCCUUUGAGAAGAAUAAGUUAAGUGGAAUAAAGAGAGGUUAGAAAAAAGGCAACUUAGAGAAAUAUUCUUGUAAAAUUUUAUUGUUUCUAUAUGUGAAACAACAGAUUAGACAAAUUCCUUACUCUUAAGUAUUUUUUUAAGCUGAAAAAUUUAUUUUGAGCAAAUAACCAAAAGAGACAUUUGCCUAUUAUAUGUUAAUUUAAAUUUGUUAGCUUUAGGUUUCAAUAAGUCUGAUCGGCCAGAGGCAAUUUUUGCUACCACUUAAUAAAAUGGUAAAGAUAGUCUAGGGAAACAAAAGUUCAUAUAUGCCAUGAUUUCAGAUAUGUUUGUAAUGGGGACAAUACUGGAGUUUUAGAAAUACUAUAAAUAGCUUGAAUCUCUUUCUGCACUACAUACUUUUGAUAGAAACACAUUUACUAUGUUGAUAAGAUAUUAUCUUACUUGGAGUAAAAAUGGAGUUGGCAUUUAGAUAUGAUAUAGUUGUUAAGAGCCCAGCUCAUUUUCAGGGCUAGCCUUCCCAUGGUGCAUACAAGGAGAACCUCCUCAUGUCAUAGGAGGUCCGUAUGUAUAAACCCAGGGAAAUGACAAAUGAUUCUGGAGAAAGAUUACCUUCAUUUUAUGGUAGUAAAUAUGUGUGUGUGUGUGUAAUCUUUUUCCACCAAUAUUUCAAAUGAUUAAUUAUAAAUAUGGUGCAGAAUAUAUAGUCUAAAACUAUGAGCUAUCACUAUCAAAAUGGCAUAGCUUAUACAUAUAGUUGCUAUGACAAGUGACAGACAGACUGCCAGUUCACAAUAUGAAACCCUAUUUUAUUUGUGAGAUAACUGGUCAAAUUCUUUGUGCUUGCCGUCAUGGUAAACCAAACUGCUUUAGUUUUUGAUGAGAGUUCUUAGAAGUUUGUUGGUAUUCCUUCAUUCACAGCAUUCAUUGUUGAAAUAACCACUUUCAGUUGUGAUGCCUUAACUAAGAAGCCAAUUGUUAGCUUGAAAUGCAAUCUUGGUAGCCAGUUCCAUUGAACCUUGAGGUUAGUCACAGAAAGCUAACUAUUGGCCUGUAGAAAGGGAUUUUGAGUCCUUUCGUUUCUACCUGGGAGCAUUUUGGAGCAGAUGAGUCUUUCAGUAUAAAAAAAAGAGUGGCUACCUGAUAGAAACUUUUUCUUGCCCUUAUAGGGAAACUGAGCACAAGCUGAAUGAUAUUGUCUGCUGCAAAAAAAAAAAGACAUAAUACAAACAAACUGAGGAGAGACAAAAUAGACCAAUACUGAUCCAUCAUAUACAUCAUCUCAUCAGUUCAACAGGCUCCUCAUCCUGGAUGAGCUCAUGGUCAGAAGUUUUUUCAAAGAAAAGAUCCAUUACAUAUAUGUAUGUGUGUAUGUAUACAUAUACUUAAACAUACAUGCAUACAUACAUAUGUGUCUGUUUAUGUAUUUUACGGUGCUAAUCAAGCCUGAGCAGGUCACGUGACUGGUCAUGUGGACUCUAAAAUCAUAUCAGAUUUUUUUAAAUUCUUGAUAUAUGCAGAUGUUAUACAGAUUUUCUUACCAGUGUAAUAAUAUUAUACUGAAGAAAUAACCAUCCUGCAGGCUUCAGAGGAUGAGGUCAGCAAUAUUUCCCACCAUGGCUUUGGGGAAAAGGAUAGUUUUGUCUACUUUUGUAUUCAAAUUAAUAUACAGUGCAUUUUUGUCUCUAAGUAGCUUUCGACUAAAAGAUUUUGUAGUGCAAAGGGUGUUCUACCAACUGUAAUGGUGUGCUUCAAACAAAUGCUAGACCCUUUCACCUUUGUUGUAUAUUACAAAGCUGUUAUGUUAAAUGUGUGGUUUGAAUUAGCUUUGAACAUGUUGAAAUAAGCAUGUGUUUUUCACUCGGACGAAGAUUCUCAAUGCACAGGUUGUGUUCUAGCCAGUUGUGGUUUAGUUGUUCAGAAACACAAACGAAUUGCACUCUUAUCACCAGAAUAUUGUAUAAGUUCAGUGAUCUUUAAACAGCUCAGAAGUAAUACUUGAACUUCAUUUGAGUAGCACAAAGUUUACAUAGCCCCCCCUUUUAAAUAAGUUCCAUUUAUUUUCCGUUUUCAAAUGCAACUGGGUAUUUUUCCUCUUGGAAAAUAGUACAUAUUUCAUUUUGGUAUGUAGCAAAAGGCUUCCAUUUCUGGAAGGGUUUUCUUGUUCUUAAAACAAGGUCAGCCAGGUACCAGAUUCUAAAGAACAAUUGCCUGUCCCCUCCCCCUCAAUAAGUGGCCUUCCAACUGCGUGAGAAUGCUUCCUAUCUGCUCCAGUCUCCCCUACCAUGAGAGGUCGGUGUAACUGAUGGAGGAAGUGCAAGGCUUGCUCUUCACCGCCUCCACCCCUCCCACCGCACCUGCACCACUUCAAGCAGUUGUUAAGAUUUUCAGUCAAGGAGAUACAACCCCAAUGCCCAGCACACCGGAAGUUUGUAUACUGGCCUCUUUUCAUGUCUUCAAAUGUGCAUGAAAUUUGAAACUGUCAUCUGGAAUAGGUUCCAUCUCUUAUGUGUGUUAGAUCAAACCAAAGAAGCCCCCAGCCAUGCCCAAAUGCUGCUCCAAAAGCCUGCCUUCCAGUCCUUACAAAAACCUUGCAGGAUUAAAUGUGUUUAACUUUUUUAUUUUUGUACAGUUUCUAAGUGAUUUUUGCUAGUGAUGUUAAACUGAAUUAAGUUUAUUUGAGGGGUGUGUGUGCCUCCUCCAUUUAAAUAAACUGGUGAGUUUUAUUUUUUAGAAGUGGAAACCCGUUGUGUGCCUCUCGAUUUAAGGGUUUCUGAUUAUAUUAUCCUUAAGACCAGCAUUGAUCCUUUAUAUACAAAGAUAUGUUUUCCUUGUUUUUUAUUACUGUUUCAGAAGAAAAUAAACCUUUUAUUUUGCUCUGGACCCAGUAACUGCGCUGGUACAUAGACGCACUGAGAAAACAAACUUUUGUAACCACCUCUGACUGUUUUUGUAUAUCAAAGUUGAUUACUUUUGAAAUAUUUGGAUCUAGUUUCUAAUUUAUUUUAGUGUUUUGUAUGUUCCCUGAAAUUACUUUGCAUCGGUCACCAGCGUAAUGAGUCCUUGGUGAUGCAAUGAUGAGAUUUAUAAUAAACAAAAGCUACCUGGAGUAGCUCUUGUUUUCUUCUUUCUUAGUAACCUGUUUUUGAUUACAGUAAGACAUUAGAUUACCUGAAACCCGUUCAAGUAUAACUAGAUCCUCCUUCCUUCUUAUUCACUUAAAUAAGCAACUAUUUAAUUGCUUAAUAGUUUGAAGAAACUAUUGGAAGUGGGCAUUUUUAUUAUGACGUGUAUGGCUUCAAAAUAUUAAAAAUGAGCAAAAAGAAAAAUGAGAAGGUUUAUGUGGGUCUGUAAGGUAUGGCUGUGGAAAGUUAUGUAGUAGUUUUGACACUAUUGUACCUUUAAAAUCAUUUACCCAAUAAAAUGUUAAAAACUGA